GGAAUACGCACGACGAAAAUAUGGUGAUUUGUUCGUGAAACAUUGAACUAAAAACAACUUGUUGAAUAAAGUACAAGAAAGGCGUUAAGCAGUGUUCCGUUGUGUAUAAUAUACGGACGAAAUAACUUUUAUUUCUGUGAUUUUUUGGUGCAGUGCAAAAAUACAACGAGGUAUUAUCAUACACACACACACACACACUCUCUCUUCUGAAUUUAUUCAAAAUUCCAAAGCGGUUACAAUUGAAUAGAACGUAAUUUUUGUUGUUACGUUGAUAUUGUUGCCUAAGACAAUAAAAUCUUCCGAUUGAGCAUUUCCAACGAAUUGUUGUUGCCGCGAUUAGAAUAUAAAUAUUUAUUUUUGUUUGGUCAACGUGAGCGCAUCAGGAUAUCAGCGUAUAUUUGCCCUCUUUGAACUUUCACGAGAUACGCGAUACACAGAUCAAUACCUACGGCUGAUUAAAUAUACCCUCGUAUGAUUAUUGAGCCGGUGAUAAUUAGAGACGGCACCGCUCUUUUUUUAUCUAAUCGAUAAUUUUUGCUGUGAUUUGAAAAUACACGUCACGUUUAUACGGGCAAUGUAGAAGAAAAAAAAAGAACAGAAAAAACGACCGAACACAACUAAUAUUCAUAAAUUGGCCGAAGAAAAAUUGAUAAUUUUCCAAUAAAACAGUGAGAUUAAUAUCUAGAGUGAGAGUGACUGCUGUUGAGCUAUUUAAAUUACGUGUGCAUUUACAACCGUUUAACCGUUCGGUACGCAACAACAAGCAAAAAAAAAACUUCUGAUACGUGACUGCUGACGACGGAUUUGUGUUGUCAUUCAUCAGUGCGAACAAUUUUUUUUUCGUUGAAAGUUGAAAGCUUUGUAGCUGACUGUGUGAUUUGCAUAUAUCCCUCUUUUUGGCAUAAUGAUGGUUACACAUAGAAAAGAAAAUAUGGUAGCCACGCUGUGGCUUCUAUCGCUACUGACCAUCACACUAAUAACGGCAAGUGAAUGUGUUUAUGCACCUCCACCAUUAGCAAAAUAUCGACGUUUAGAUAACACACCAUUUGGCUUUCGGGAUGACUUCAUGUUAGAGAAGCGAACAAAACCGUCACUUUCUAUUGUUAAUCCACUUGAUGUGCUGCGACAACGAUUGUUGCUCGAAAUUGCCCGAAGACAAAUGCGCGAAAAUUCAAAGCAGGUUGAAAUCAACCGAGCGAUACUGAAAAAUGUAGGCAAACGGAGUAGUGGUGAUGAACGACACAAUGGGAUUGAACGAUUUGAGCCAUUCCAACAGCAUUCCGAUCUCAAUGCGAUUUUGAAUAGAAUCGCCGAGGCACAAUUAAACGAUCGACCCUCUUACAAUAUUCCAUCGUCGGACUACUAUUUUGAUGACACAAACGCCAUUGAUACAAAACAAACGGUUCCAUCACGAUUGCGUUUCUUUCGAACGUCAACAUCGCGCUUAAACAAUGACUUUGAUGCUCAAGCUGGUGAUCCAUUUGCCGCCGCUGGUCCGGAUGAAAAUGCAUGGCACGAGGAGAAAUUGCAAAAACAGCAAGCCUUAAAUGGACACAAAUCACGUUUUCUACGCGAUUGGAACCAGCAAAUCAAUGAAAAAACAGAUCCGGCCCAACAACAACAGCAACAGCAGCAACAUCAGAAGCAACCGCUCGAUAAUAAUGGCGACUUCAUGCAAUCACUUGAUUUGAAUUAAUUUCAUGUUGACUUGUUUCCUUUCCAAAUCUUCGUUUUUUUUUGUUUGGUACUGAAUUUCGGUUGUCUUAAUUUUUGAACACAUUUCGUUUAAGUUUAGAAUAUUCAUUCUCAAUUUGCAAAAUUCAGUGUUAAACUUGAUGCGGAUGGACGGUGUGAUGGCAAAGUGAUAUGAAAAAAAUGGCAGAAGCAAACAAAUGAGAAAAAAAACGAAGAAGAAGAAUACAUAAGAUUGUAUGAGAUGAAGUGAAAAUGGUAUGUGGCACAAAGCAAAAAAACAAACAAACAAAUCAUGUUCAUUCCGUUGUGACGUAUGAGGAGGAUAAACACAGUAAAUAAACGUGAAUGUGUUGGCAUAUGACACAUACACAGUGGCGGAACACGGUUCGGCUCUCAUUCACUUACCCAAAAAAACCACUUCAUUUGUAAACUUUGUAACAGUAUUUACAAUAUUUUCUAGAUUUAAGUGUACGUUUAAUGUGAAAAUUACACAGACACACAUACACAUACACAUACACAAACAGACAAAAUGAAUAUCUAUAAAAUACAACAAUGACAUUUCUGGUUGUUUUCCACUUAAAGGCCUAGAAGAAACGGCAUUUUUGCUCGAGCGAAUUUAAUUCGAUGUUUGGUUUGGUUGGCUUUAUCGUUUUGUUUUUCAAUUGGUUCUGCGUCGUAUAUAUAAUACUUUUUUUUGUAUACGCUUCUUUGUAAUAAAACUCAAAUACUAAACUUAAUUCAAUUUCCGGUUUUUGGCCAUAUGACGCUUUGCGUGUGUCUCUUCUUCAUGAUGAAUAGAAAACACAGUACGAAAAGUGAUAAUGAAAUUUAAAGAGCUCAUUGACCAAAAUCCCCUUCAUUCAAGCGCAAAGCAAUUUGCUCACUAACUUGCGACCAUUUUAUAUUGCUCAUUUGCUUCCAUUAAACUCCCUUUCCAAUGUAUUUUGAACAUGCUUGGUGACGUGCAUUACCCUUCCACGCUUUAACAAUGUUCAAUUACGUUUUUUUUUUGUGUAUAAAGAAAACCAAAAUUCAUCGAAAUCAACAUAUAUUUCAUUCAUGUCGAGACAACAAAAGUAUUUAUUUUUUUUUAUUUAAUGCUAAGAAAAGCGUACAGAAAUUGUUUAUUGAAAUUGUAUAAAACCCAUAGCAGAAAAUUUUCCAAGAUUUUUCCCUAAAGUCUGUAUCUCUCUCCCUCAUUCUGUCUCUCACUCAUUGUAUGUGCAUGUAGCUGAAAAAUUAAUUUUGUGCUGUAAAUGUCAAGUGAAUGUUUGUCAAAACUACAACCAAACAUCACAACAGAAACGACAGAGACAAUUAAACAUAUUAUGAGAAAAUCAACGCAAAAUUUUUGUGACACAAAGAAAAACAAAAAGCUCAAAAAAUACACACAAACACACAAUAAACAAACAGAACAAAUUUACCCAAACACUCAAAUUAUACACAUACAUUUAAAUGAGAAAUUUAAAUUUAUGAAUUUAAUGAAAGAAAAAAGAAAACAACAACAACAUAAAACAAGGUAUCAACAACAAUGUGAAACUCUAGAUUCAUUUUAAUCAAAUCGAUGUGUUAUCUAUUUUAAAUAUAAAUAUUAUCCCCAAAAAAAAUCUAUUAUUACCAGAUUACAAUAUACACAAAUAAAAAGAUGAAAAUUAAUUUAUUGAACUCUGA